GUCGGAUCAUCAUUUCUAAUUGCUGUAUUCUCGUUGCUUUCAUUUAUCAUCCUAAAAGAUGAUUCAUUCUUUUAUCGUACAAAUAUCCAUGGGUCGUUGGCAGUUUGUGCGGCAAUAAAUGUUGCUGUCAAACAGUAUCUGCCGGACUCGAUAUUGCUGACUACGCCAGCCGGACGUUUGAAAAAUACGCAUCUUCCUGCUUGCACUGUUCUCGGCGCCUCAGUUCUCAUUGCACUGGGCCUUCUUCGUUGGGUCGCAUUGCUUCAAAUUCUAUUUGGGAUACAGAUUGGUUGGAUUUAUUUAAGAUUUUUGCAAGCGCACGAUGAUGGCGAGCCAAGAGGUGAUUCCAGCGAACAUUUCGCAUGGGCAACGUUGAAAUUCAACUUAUUUGUUGAUAAUCGUUUGUUAAGGGAAAUACUCCUAGUUGUGCAGUGGAUGGUUUGCACAUUGCUUGCGGAGGGCGCUCACAUUCACAAUUAA